GAGCUCUUCCUUGCCCUCAGAGUGAACUGCUCAAAAACAAGACGGAGGUGAACCAGGCCUCAAAGGUGCAGAGGCUGCCCGGGCCUGUGACACCAGGGCUCCUCUGUGGGGCAAGCAAAGUGGUGACUUGAGAGCUGUCUGGGCUACACGAGGGGAAAGGAGACAAGCCCAGACCAGGGAAGGGGCAGGCGGGAGGAGGUAGAGUUCUGAGGCUCCAGAGCCCGAAAGGGGACCUGAGCCAGGAGUACACAGGCUAGACGGAGCCCCAGGGCCCCAGAGACCCAGAGAUCAGAGGAUGCAGCACCGAGGCUUCUUCCUUCUAGCCCUGCUUGCCCUCCUGGCGCUCACCUCUGCAGUGGCCAAAAAGAAAGACAAGAUGAAGAAGGGCAGCUUGGGAAGCGAGUGCUCGGAGUGGACCUGGGGGCCCUGCACCCCCAGCAGCAAGGACUGCGGCAUGGGUUUCCGCGAGGGUACCUGUGGGACCCAGACCCAGCGCAUACAUUGCAAGGUGCCCUGCAACUGGAAGAAGGAAUUUGGAGCCGACUGCAAAUACAAGUUUGAGAGCUGGGGGGCGUGUGAUGGGAGCACUGGCACCAAAGCCCGCCAAGGGACCCUGAAGAAGGCUCGAUACAAUGCCCAGUGCCAGGAGACCAUCCGCGUGACCAAGCCCUGUACCUCCAAGUCCAAGUCGAAGACCAAAGCCAAGAAAGGAAAAGGAAAGGAUUGAUGUAAGGAUGCCAGUGAGCCUCUGGCCUUGCCUGGGUCGUGGGAGAAGCCCUCCUCUCUCACGGGUCCAAGAUAGAACCCACCAGUGCCUUUCGUCUUCCUGUCAGCUUUGUCAAUCACGCCCCACUCCUGCCCCCUCACACCCACACCAAGUGCCCAAAGUGGAGAGAGACAAGGGAUUCUGGGAAGCUUGAGCCUCCCCACAGAGGGAUCUAAUUCCCAGCCCUCCUCCUGUCCUCCCCACCCUGAUACCUGUUAUUAAGAAAUGAAUAAAAUGAACUCACAUUUUUU